AUGGACCACGGCUCAACUUGGGACAUCAACAUGGAGGUGGACGACGAUGAUGACGAAGGUCCUGAUACCUAUGUUGACGAGGACGACGAAGACGACGUCGUCGACGAACUCGAGCUCCAGAUCGAGCGGGCAGCAGGUGAGCUCCAAGCGGCGGAAACUCGCCCAUCGGGCUCGAUGGGGCAAUUGUUAAACGCGCUUGUCGAUAUGCAGAACGUGCAGGCUAUGCGGCCGAAUAGCGGAGACACACCGGCUGCCGCUCCAACCACUCGCCUGGGAGGCCACAGGAUUGCAGUAACGCUGAGCGACCUGCAGCGUCUCCUUCGAAUUGGCCGCGCCCCACAAGCUGAGCAAGAUGAGGACGAAGACGAUGAGGACGACGAUGAGUUUAACGACUAUCGUACGGAGGAAAUUUGGGACCGCUCACGGAACUGGUAUGACCGGGUCACGAAGCCCAAGAAAGAGGGCCUUUCUCUCCUGUUCGACGGCGAGUUCGGGAGAUUGAAACAUCAGAUCGACUCUCGGAAUAAGGACAACAAUGUUGCCAAGCUCCUGCUGAAUAGAGGUGCUAGGACUCGCCUACCACCAAAGGAGGAUCUUGCCAGCGAUAUUUUGCCGAAUACCAGUGGUACAGCAGUUGCCAAGUACCAAGCAAAUGCGUACGUCGGCCAGUACUCGUCAGAUUCUGCGUUCUACUAUACUUGCGUACGAGACUUCCGUCUUCAUGUAUAUGAUACCACUGCUCCGUUGAUGUUAUCUGGGCCAACCCAAUCAGCACGGUUCAGAGAAAACCGCGAUUUGGGGCAUGAAACGACUAUGAACGUCAUCAAGACCAUUCGCGCUCAUCCAGGUCGCUGGACAAUCACCGACUCUCAUCUGAGCCCCGAUAAUCAAAGAAUGAUAUAUGCGUCAGUUUCAAGCACAGUCUACAUGACAACGACGUUGGAUCCUUCACCAGUGCAAACACCGAUCCGAUUUGCUGAUACUUCGCGUGAUCGACGUGGAAAUGUCUGGGAUUAUGACGACGAACGUUAUGGUAUCUGGAGCUGCAAGUUUUCUGCCGAUGGCAACGAAGUUAUCGCCGGCGGGAACUGCUAUAUAUUCGUCUAUGAUCUGUUGGCCGAUAAACGCACUGUGAAGAUUAAUGCUCACAAUGACGAUGUCAACAGCUGUUGUUGGGCUGAUACUGCCUCAGGCAAUGUAUUGAUCAGUGCAUCGGACGACACGUUCGUCAAGGUUUGGGAUCGUCGUUCACUCGGAACAUCGCAAAAACCAUCAGGUGUUUUGAUUGGUCAUACCGAGGGUAUCACAUAUGUAUCCGCUAAGGGAGAUGGUCGCUAUGUUAUUUCUAACGGUAAAGACCAAGUUCUUCGACUAUGGGAUCUCCGCAAUAUGCGGAGUAGCGACGAUUUCGACGCAGUUGUUCGUGAGCGGCGCAAUUAUGGCAUUCCCCAAUUUGACUAUCGGAAUGGCUCGUAUCCCCGGCCUAGGUUUAAAGCGCAUCCCAAGGAUUGCAGUGUCAUGCAAUAUACAGGUCACGAAGUUCUACGAACACUCAUUCGUUGUCACUUCAGCCCGGCAUCGACUACGGGGCAGCAAUAUAUCUAUUCUGGCUCGUCGGAUGGGCAAAUUCACAUAUGGUCUUUGGAUGGCCAAGUCGUGCAAGUCCUUGAUCGCUCUAAAACAUUACCGAUGUCGUACGAUCCGUCUGGUCCUGAGCCGGGGGACAUAGACUUCGCUCACCGCAGGAUAUGCGUGAGAGACGUUAGCUGGCACUCAGAGCAACCCAUCCUGAUGAGUGCUGGUUGGCUAGGCAGUGGCUGGGGCACCAGAGAGGGCAGCAUCAUCGCUCGGCACGAGUGGAAGGGCUUGUCGAAGUCACGAGGAGCUCUGGAAGACUACGUCGAGAAGCAGAACUUGGAGCGUACGGAGAGGACUCAGAGACGAGCCGCCAAGAGAGGAAUGCCCGGCUCCUUCAGCAUUACGACGGACGAAGAGGACUAG